AGACAAUACAAACAAAACAGUGUAUUAUUGAACAUGAACAUAUUCAAUGGGGUUGUUUCAAAAAUUAUCGUUACUUAUUGGAUCCGUGCGUAAGAAACAAGUCAACGUAUUGGUGGUAGGACUCAAUAAUAGUGGAAAAUCUACUGUAAUCAACCAUUUCAAAAAUGACGAAGAAAAAGUGGCGGAAAUUGUCCCAACAGUGGGUUUCAACAUUGAAAGAUUCCAGAGUCAAAAUCUGGCAAUUACCGCUUUCGAUAUGUCAGGUCAUGGUAGGUACAGGAACUUAUGGGAACAUUACUACAAGGACUGCCACGGAAUCAUCUUUGUCAUUGAUAGCAGUGACAGGCUUCGAUUAGUUGUUGUGAAAGAAGAACUGGACCUAAUGUUGCAACAUCCAGCCAUUUGCACUAAAAGACUACCCAUAUUAUUCUUUGCCAAUAAAAUGGACUGUAAAGAAUCUCUUAGUACAGUCAAAAUUGCAGCUGCUUUAGGCUUGGAUAAAAUUAUGGACAAGCCUUGGCACAUUUCGGCUAGUAAUGCUGUUACCGGAGAAGGUUUACAAGAAGGGGUCGAAUGGCUGACUCAACAAAUAAGAGAAUUAUUGACGAACAAUUGAAUUGAGUUCAAAUAAAGUCUAUCCAGUAA